AUGUUGUUUGCAAUCUUUCUGCUUGGCCUUCUCAAUCUUCUUACUAUUGCCUCUUCUACACCAGCGGUCUUGUCUCGUGAGAAACGAUCUAAAGUAAGUUGAUGACACAAAGACCUCCAGUUAGCUGACUUAAAAACAGUCUACAAUUAUCUGUUGCAAACCACAAACUAACCAUGGUGGUACGGAGGUGACCCUGCUAUCCAAAAAGGAAUCGACACUUUGAAAGACAGACCUGGCUCUUGCGCUGUUGCUGCCGGCCCAAGGGUAUGUACAGAUCUGACUUGCGAUGACAAACACAAGAUCCAGCUCUGCAACGACAAUACAUAUGCAAUUGCGCCCACUUGUUCUUAUCUCGCCACGUAUGCGGAGGAUAUCAUGGAAAAAUGUUCAGAGCCAGGUGAUCCUACGAUUGGCACGCCCAGUAUUUCCUGUGGCCAACAAUUUGAUACCGACAAUUAUAAUGUGAGCUCAUCCACAUAAACUGAUUUGUGGGUGUAUCUUGCUAACUGUGAAUUUUUUUAAGGUCAUUAUCAUGAAAAACAUCGAUGGCGAAUGUACUGGACGUUAA